AUGAGAGUUUUCGUGCCAAGGUAUAUGGUUGGCCUUGCGCAUGCAUCGAAAGAUGGUUCUAUUUGCUUUGAAGCGGUAAACACGGAUAUCCGGGGCACUCCAGGUUGUAUGGAUCCUGAGUAUGUGGUUGCCCAAGAGCUGACGGAGAAAAGUGAUGUAUGCAGCUAUGGUGUGCUAGUGUUGGAGAUAGUGACGGAGAAAGAUGGCCGGGAUAGGCCUUCAAUUAAACAGGGGCUCAGGCUUUUGUAUGAGAGUUCAGAUCCAAUGUAUAGUGGAUUUCUAGCAGCUGUGGACGACGAAGAGUACGAAGAGACUGAAGGACGGGGAAGGAAUAGAUGCAUAGGAAUGACAUGA